AUGCCUGCGUGCAUCUAUAUCAUCUCCGGGGCCGAUAAGGAACCAAGCAGCGCCUUGGGUGUGUGUGGCUCGGACGACACUGAGGACCAAGUGUUCGCCCGUUGGCUUUCCCAGCAGCCUCCGCUCGCUGGCGUCGCCCCUAUGGAAAGCAGCCGAUACUGCAUCAGCGGCCGGACCAGCGUUGACUUGGCGUUCUGGGCCUCUCAAGCUGGGCGGCCAAACGAUCGCGGCCAAGAUUCGUUCGUCGUGACUAUUCCCAAGAAUCACAUCGCAGGAAACUGCUUCGAAUGCCAAGGCUCAAAAAAGGCCAAACAUCACCUUCCUGACAACAGCUUGGCAUUUGGGUACAGUUCAGAGAGGUGUACGCCCUUUACUCUACCUAGAACAAGCCUUGGGCCAGACGAGGGAGGCGGUCCUCCUGACCUGGAACACGGUCAUGCUGCUGUCGCCUCGACAAAUUUAUCAUGA